UCUGUGCAUUUUGACGGCACUAUGCAGAAAGCUCUCCCGGAACUCUGCAGCCGCAUCGGCUCUAAUUUCAAUAUCGGGGUUCGGUCCAACAUGGCGGCUUACGGAUGGAAAUACUGAUGACAGUCCGAAAGAUCGCCUCGAUUUGUACGAUGGGCGCCAAUGCCUCUGCCUUGGAAAAGGAGAUUGGACCGGAACAGUUUCCCGUUAAUGAACACUACUUUGGAUUGGUCAACUUUGGCAACACCUGCUACUGUAACUCAGUGCUGCAGGCUCUGUAUUUCUGUCGACCGUUCAGGGAGAAGGUGUUGGCGUACAAGGUGCAGCCGCGUCGUAAGGAGUCCCUCCUCACCUGUCUAUCCGACCUGUUCAACAGCAUUGCCACACAGAAGAAGAAAGUCGGAGUCAUCCCUCCCAAGAAAUUCAUCUCACGACUGAGAAAAGAAAAUGAGCUGUUUGACAACUACAUGCAGCAGGACGCCCACGAAUUCCUCAACUACCUCCUCAACACCAUCGCAGACCUGCUGCAGGAGGAGAAGAGCCAGGAGCGACAGCAGAAUGGAAAACUGGUGCAGAAUGGAGGAGGAGGGACAGGUGGAGGAGGAGGAAGUGGAGGAGGAAGUGAGGGAGGAGAAGGGGAAGGAGGAAAGGAGACACAACAGACUUGGGUCCAUGAGAUUUUCCAGGGAACACUGACCAACGAGACUCGCUGCCUCAACUGUGAAGCUGUGAGCAGUAAAGACGAGGACUUCCUGGAUCUGUCGGUGGAUGUGGAGCAGAACACCUCCAUCACUCACUGUCUCAGGGGCUUCAGCAACACAGAGACGUUAUGUAGUGAAUACAAAUACUACUGUGAGCAGUGUCGCAGCAAACAGGAAGCCCAGAAAAGGAUGAGGGUAAAGAAGCUACCGAUGAUCCUGGCCCUCCACCUGAAGCGCUUUAAAUACAUGGACCAGCUGCACCGCUACACCAAACUGUCCUAUCGCGUUGUCUUCCCCCUGGAGCUGCGCCUCUUCAACACGUCCGGGGACGCCACCAACCCCGACCGCAUGUACGACCUGGUGGCUGUCGUCGUACACUGUGGCAGUGGGCCAAACCGCGGACACUACAUCACCAUCGUCAAGAGCCACGGCUUCUGGCUGCUGUUUGAUGACGACAUCGUAGAGAAAAUCGAUGCUCAGGCGAUCGAGGAGUUCUACGGUCUGACAUCGGACAUUUCCAAGAACUCUGAAUCAGGAUACAUCCUGUUCUACCAGUCCAGAGACUGAACCAGACAGCGGUAAAUCCCCCACAGACUGUCACUCAACAGAGGGGAAGGCUCUUAUGGCUGCCACCGACUCCGCCCAGUAGGCUCACAUAAGCGUCCAGGCUCUAUAUCCUGCAGGGGGAGCUUUGCACUGGUGCGCCACUCGGAUCGGUUAAGACGUGCAGGUCGCAUGCCAGCCUCCUGGAUUACAACCAUUCAAAUCCUCUGAGCCCACACUGCAAAAAGCACUUUAAAACAAACCAACAAGAUGGCUCAAUCUGUAACACUCGCUUUGCAUUGGGGCAACUGGGAAGACCGAGUAACACCAAUCCAAGAGGCUGACAUCGCCGUGUCCACAGUGAUCCAUUUUUGGAGGUAAAAGCCGUUUGGGACUGUUGAGAUGAUGUAGAGUAACCAAAUCAACUGUUUCAGAUGAGACACAGGAUUGCUAUCCUCCUCGUCACGGUAACCACCAGUGUCAUCACAGUCUUCUUUUUUUUUGUGUGUGUGUGUGUGUAAUAUACCGUGCUAAAUAAGCUUUAGGCUAACACACAGGUACCAUGCGUUCACUCCCCAAAAAUCCUUCUGCACACGGAGAAACUAAUAUCUGACAGCCUUGUUAAAAGCCCCACCUGCCAAAACCACUGACACAGCCUUUAGUGAUUGAAAAUCUUGAACGUGUACUUGGCGCGCAGCUCAUUGAAGUUGCUAGUUUGCAGUGUUUGUAUCAUGAAGUGGUGCUAAUAACGUAUAGUGUUAUAGAGCGUGAAAUGAAAACAAGCCACCAGAGAGAUGUGGAAGAAUCCGAUAGAGAGGCUCAUUAGGUUAGUUUUUUACCAAGAAAUUAUCUUGAGUAUUAAAAAAAAAAAAAAAAAAGGUAAUUGGAGAGAGAAAAAAAAUACGAAAUGCUGUCCAAAAAUACAAUUACAUUAAAAGAGGGGCUCGGUUUCAGUAAAUUGCAGUUAAAGUCAGUUUGUCCAAUCUAGGCAUUCUUCAGCAAAAAUUGGCAAAAACAAUGAGCCUCACAGAUCACCAACAAUCCUGUUUCAGUUUUUAAAGGCUAGCUAGUAAAGCAGUGCGUGAAAGUGGCUGGUCAAAGUUUUAGUUUUAAAAUAACUGGUGUGUAGUGCCAUUACGGGUCAUGUUUUGUGCCACAGCAGUUAAAAAGAUAAACAUGAACUAACUUUAUUUUCAAGCGGGCUUUUCGUGGUUAUGACAGCAAGCACAGUCUUUCAAAGAUCUGUGUAUAACAUUUUAUGACUUUAUAAAAUUCCAGAAUAUGCACAUUUGUACCAUUAUUAAAGGGACACAUACAGAGACAAAUACUUUUUCCUUUCCUUUAAGUCAGUUAUGACACCCAAACUGUCACACUACGUACAGGUUGAAUGUCGGCAUUUAGUGUUUUGUCCUUUUUUGUUCCUUAUUAAUGCUUUAUUUCCGGAGAUCUAACUCUUAACACCUCCAUACAUAUGCCGAUGCUGCAGCUGGUUCAGUACACCUCGUUAUAUCAGCCACCAAUCACACGCCGGCAAAUUCUGACUCUGGCUUAAGCGUUUCUCCUGCAGCUGCAGCUCUGGCAGGCAGACCUUUUACAUAACAUGUUUUUCACUCCAGAAUCUUAAAUUGGAGCGCUCAGUAAUGCUGAGUGAUGCUAACGGUCUGCUGAUGUGGAGCUCGUCCACUGUUUGUUGACGGCAUGGCAUAUUUCAUGCAGUACGGCGAAAACUGCUGAGACACAGGUCUCAGUGGUUUUAAAAUGGAUUCCUCUCCUCCAUAUCUUUUAAUCCUCCUGUUGUCCUCGGGUCAAAUUUGGCCCGUUUUCAAAAGAUUUGGGUUUCUUUCAAGCAAAUUGCAAAAAAAUUACACGGAUGGUUUCUAUAGCGACGAGUAUGAUUAAUGAUCAGUUCCCUACUUUCAUUUAAUUGUAAUCAAUCUCUAGCACAAAGGGCAAGGUUUCCAGAUGGUAACAACUUCUGUUUUAAUGUUGAGACAUCCUAUUUUAACAAAUACAAAUGCGUUACAUUACAUUACAUUUUACCUUCUCACAAACGAAGGGGAUGUUUUCAAAGUUCUCCUACAAAGCAAAAAAUAUUCAAUUUACACUGAUAUAAAAAAUACCACUUCCUCACAAAAUUGAGAAGCUAUAGCCAAUAAGUGUUUGCCAUUUUUACUGGAUAAGUAACUUUAAUUUGUAUCUGAUUAUCAAAAUAAUUGUGGAAUACAUUUGUUCUGUCAAUUGACCAGUUAAUCGACUAAUCGUUUGAGCUCUGAUUGUUGCAAGGAAGAGUUGUAGUCAUGCUGAGAUAAGAGUGUAAUUAAUGCUUUCAAAUGGGUUUGAAUUUUUCUAAGGAAAGGAGAAACGGGAGCCAUUUUAAAGCCUUUACUUGUUAACUCGAGCCGACUGAUGGGCAACAACCUCCUUUAUCAGCUCUGUUGUUUUUAUUAUUUAACACACAAACAAACCAAAUGUAUUUUUUUUUUAGACUUGUUUUUUAAAGUGUUUUACACCGCCAAGCUCGUGAGGCUCCACCAAACUGGGCUGUCCAAGGUUAACAAACAAGCUCACCCUGUCACUCUUUGUAACAGAGCUGCAGCAGAUGGAAAGAGAACGGAAACAUGCCUGUAGCUUUUAAAGAUGUUUAUAUUCUACAGUAGUUGAGUUGCCCGGGCAAUGGGUCAACUAUUAUCUGAAUGUUAAAUGUACAAUAAAAUAAAAAUAGGGCUGCUGCUACUGCUUGACCUGUAAAACACCAUAUGGAGUGGGGCAUGUCUCAAUAAUCUAAAGUUGCUCUCUCUCCUGCUAAAACAAGAAAAGCACUUUUACAACAUUCAUUUGUAACAAAUACUAUUUCUACAUACAUUAUUCUGAAAUUGUUUUAUUUCCUUUGGAGUCUUAUUUUGAUAAGCAAAAGUAAUGGCGGUCAGGGUAAUCUGUUGCCCCAAUUUAGUUUGUAUCCAAACUCUUAGUCACUCCUGUUUUUAGUUUUGUGUGGCAGUUAAAAUCUGUUUAUCACGACGACAGAAGUGUGCGUUUUAAGUUGUUCAAGAAUAUCUCACUUGUUUACUUAGUUUUCAAAACGCCGUAAAGGACUGAAAAGGAAGGGAGCAACUUCAGAUGACGCGUCCCAAAACACUUUACACUGGGUUGAGGCUUUGAAGUCAACACUAUUUUAUUUUCCUGUCUUUGCUACCCUUAAAGCUAUAGUGCGUAGUUUCUGUCUCCCCCAUGAGGAAUUUUAAGUAAUGACAUCAAUUCUGUCGGUGCAUCCACAUGCCACAAGCCUUCUGUGAAUGCGCUUCACCCCCAGUCCUCCUCCACACAGUUGCUAGUAGCCAAGGAGGACACGGAGGAUAAAAAAAACUCUUCAAAAGAGGUAAUUAUCUUCACUCAAGUUUCUCCGCGCGAAAGUCGCUGAACGACACCAUUUUCUAAACCUUGCAAUGCUGAGAAAUACAGAGAGAGUUUUGUCCAGCUGAUAGUCUUAAUUAGCUUUGUAUCAAUUCAUUUGGCUUGAAUGUAACGGACGUUCAUUAUUAUCAAAAAAUUACGCACUAAAGCUUUAAACUCAACUAAUCUUCAUGAAAGGAAGAUAUUUUGCGUGGUGUUAAAUCUGUUUUGGGAUCAAUCCACUUCGUUUCCAUAAAUUCUACAAUUUUUUGAAAGUCAGACAACCUAGUUUACAGGUUAUUUCCAUGCCCCAACAGAAACUGUGGACUUAUAAGCUACCUUAAUGUAUUUACCAAGUGAUGUGUUCAUAUGUUAAGCUUUUUAAUGAGUUUUCAUUUAUUCAUCAUGUAAAUCGACAAAAACAAGCACAAAAGCACAUUAUUUGGGGGAUAAUAGUCCACAGAUUCAGUUUGAAGCAGGUUAUAUCUGUCUUUUAAUGAAAUGCAGUUUCAUGGAAAUCAUUGGUCCCCAAAACUGUACGUGUCUGUAAUCAACAAGACUGGUUGAACAUUUUGGCUGAAACAAAGCUCUUUUUUCAUUUAAAUAUUAUAAAUAUUAUUAUUAUUAUGAAUGUCUGUUAUCUUCUUUUUCUUAGAUGUUUCAUUGUUUUUGAUAUAUUUCACUAAUUUACUAGUCUACCAUUCAUGUGUAGGCAGCUCUGGAAAGCCUAUUCAAAGAUUGUUUUGGUUCAAUUUGGGAGUAUGUAACGAGAGAUGUUGAUGUGUACAUAAAUACAGAUAUUAUUAUUGGAAUAUAAAUUGCUUGCUUGAAAUAAUCAGCAGACCUAGAUCAAAAAAUGUGGAUAUUAUGUCUCAAAAUACUUUUUAUUCUGUUAAUAAAUCAUAUGCCUGGUGCUCAAAAAUUAACAACCCACCCAUCUGGCAUCCCAGGCAGCCUAAACCAAACAGCCCCAAAGUAAAUUAAUUCAUAUUUAAUCUGACUGGUCACACUAUAGUACACAGAAAAAACUGACUGAUUUCAUUAAGAUACAGUUACUAUGAAGAAAACUAAAAGUUCUCCAUACAACAAACUGCUGUGGAGAGAGAAACUGACCAAAACUGUCCUGUGUGUCACUGUGUUAAAGGAAAAAUCCACUUUAAGUACACAAAAAUCAACUGUUGGUUGGUUCUUCUUGUCUCUCGGUUGGUUCUUCUUGUCUCUCAGCCUGUUUUAUAGUUUGGUGUUUAGUUUACUUUUUCCUGUGAAUAACUAGUCAAAUGUUGAUGACUUGGUGGCACCUUGAGAAAUGUUGUUGAUAAUCACAAUGUUGAAGAGCAUUAAAAGAUGACUAUAUUGGCUUCACCAAAAAAAAAAAAUAUUUUCAGUUUCAAAAAGUAUACUUCAGUAGCAAGCUUUAAAUGGGUCUUCUUUUUUUAGAUCAAUUUCCAAUACUGCUUCCAUUGUAAUAUCAGAGUUCCAGUACUGAUACCCAAUCUUUUUUUCUUUUUUUUUUAACUAAAACUUUUUACUAGAGUCCUGAUAAGCUGAUAGUCUAACAGCCGAUCUUGUUUUAUUACAGAUGUAUUGGUAUUGUAUGUAAGUCCAAGUAAUACACAACUGCAGUACAGAAAUGGCAGUGAUAUGUUUGAGGUUGUUUAGAAAGUUGUUUCAGACCCACGGAAUUUAUUUUUCAUUCGUAAAAUGUUCCAGUCAAUACAUAAUCUUGAUCAGAGGCAAGAGAGAGACAAGCAAAUAUAUAUUGUCUCUAAUAUUGAUAUUAGCCGUAAAUAUCAAGUAUCGGUAAAGCUAAAUAACUUACUUAGUUUUUUGUAUUUGUGUACAAUAAUGAAAGUAACCUAAAUGAAUUACAGCAAAAGUAAAGUCAUCACCUUAUCUGGUCAAAAAAUACAAAAACGACUAUUAAUCGGACCAAUCAUUUGGUAUUGAGUUUUCAGUACUUUAUGUACUGGAUUCAAAAAUCGCAUUACCUGGAUACUCAUGCCACAUUAAACUGGUCAUCAACAUUGUGAUUAUUCACCUAAUCAGAGGCUUGAGGACAUUGUUUCAAAUCAACAAAUGAUCAUUUAUUGAUUUUAUUCAUGAUUUAAAAUAGAAUGUCAUCUGCAGAGAGUGAGAGCUUCUUUCUAGAGCUUACGCUAACAUUAACCAAACAAAUAACCGGGAGAUUCUCAUUUGAGAGAUUUCAUGUAUUAGAUAUGGGAAAGUAAAUGAGCUGGGUUGGGGGAAACCGGAAGCUCCAACAUUUUCUCACCAAAUAACUAAUUAAAUAAACUGACAUCUGCGGGUGGAUUUUUCCUUUUAACAGUUUCAGUUCUGUCUUCUGAAAUGUUCCUUCAGGGCUUCGGACGUCCACAUCUUCCCCUACUUUUCACUCACGAAGAAUGUAAAUGUUUUGAAACCAGUAUGUUGACGGACGGAAAGUGACUCAAUGUGUCAUUAACACUGAUAAUGUACAUUGUAACUAACUCAUGUGCAAAGAGACAGCAGCCUAACGGACAACAAACCUAAUUAUUUAUAUUAUUCUAAAUAAACUAAGGAUUAAAACAGUUCCACACCUUCAGAAUAGAUUCAAACUCCUGGGGCUUCUCAGCUUGCUACGAAGGGAUCGGAAGGAAAGAAUUGUAUCCUUCUCUUGAGUUGUCAAGUGUUUGUGUGGGCUGCUGCUGCCGCUGCACAUACUGCUGUCUGAAGUUCAUUCUGAAUACAUGUAGAUGCAGUGAAGUUUGGGGAUGAGGGCUGGUUCUAUUGGUGUCCAAACUGUUUGAAAUAAAACACAAACUGGUUUUUAAGAUGGAA